AUGUCAGCGAAGAAAUUAUCCUUAAAAGAAGCGACUGCUAAUUUCGAGACACUGAUCGCUCGAGUGAAAAAUCGAGAGGAGUUCAUUGACUGGAUCCACGAUGUAUACUGCGAGAAUGACAAUGCCAAACCGCCUUUUGUAACGGAUGCUAUAAAGAAGCUUCGAGAUAUCGCGGAUCAUAUAAGAGUAAAAGUAAGUUAG